AUGCCUAAACAGGCAACAUACAAACAGAAGUUCAGAAAAGAGUGGUUACAAGAUGAAAUAUGUAAAGACUGGAUCACAGAAGCUCCAAAUGACGAAAAAAGUGUUUAUUGCAAGUAUUGCAAGACAACAAUAAGGGCAAAAUUCUAUGAUAUAAAGGAUCACUCUAAAAGUAAGAAACACCAAGUGAAUAGUGAACCAUUUUCCUCCUCCAGGCAAUGCAAGAUUAAUUUUCCAAAAGUUGAGAAAUUCAGUGAUGUAUCUCGAGCAGAGGCACAGUUGUGUCUUUUUAUUGCAAAACAUUGUGCUUCUAGGUCAUGUGAUCAUUUGGUAGCUGUUAUAAAGAAGUGUUUCUCAAAUAAAACUUCAGCAGAUAUGGCAAUGCAUAGAACUAAGUGCACUGCUGUUCUUAAAAAUGUUCUUAUGCCUCACUUUGUUGCUAAGCUAAAAGAAGACAUAGGUGAUAGAAAGUACAGCGUCUUACUUGAUGAAUCUACGGAUGUUUCUGUUUUAAAGUAUCUGGGGCUAGCUGUAGUGUACAUUAGUGAACAAUCACGCCAAAUAGUUUCUACAUUUUUAAACCUCGCUCCCCUACAUGAAUGUGAUGCAAAUGGAAUUGUUCGUGCUCUGAAAUCGUCUUUACAUGAUUAUGGACUAAAUUUGCAAAAUAUGAUAGGCAUAGGAUCUGACAAUGCUAGUGUCAUGGUUGGUUUGAACAAUGGAGUUUACAUAAAACUAAAGGAAGAUAUUCCUACAUUGGUGCAUAUCCGCUGUGUCUGCCAUUCACUGCAGCUAGCUGUAUCUCAUGCAUGUUCUGAAACUAUGCCCCGUAAACUAGAAUUCCUUGUCAGUGAAACCUAUAAUUGGUUUGUACGGUCGUCUUCAAGACAACAGGCAUACAUUGACUUAUUCAAUCUUAUAAAUUAUGGACAUGAACCGCUCAAGAUUGUGAGAGCUUGUCAAACACGGUGGCUGUCUAUAGCGUCGGCUGUGCAAAGAUUAUGUGAUCAAUGGCUGGAGCUGAAAACUCAUUUUGGCUUAACAAAAUCAUCUGAGAGAUGUUAUACCUCAGAAAUGCUCCACUCCUUAUACAGUAAUGAAUAUGAUCAUGCAUAUUUGGUUUUUCUAAAGUCAGUGCUAAAUGAGGUUCAGAGAGUGAAUAAGAUUUUUGAAUCCAACGAUUGUGAUCCAACAAAACUGCUUCAGGACCUGACACUUUUAAUAGAAAAUUUAGUAAAGAGAGUGAUACUCCCUUCGAACCGCCAUCGUGUUGAUCCUUUCUCUUGUAAUUUAGAAAAAUAUCUGGAUCCUAAAUUGAAUCUAGGCUAUGACACCGAAAAACUGUUAUCUGACCUGCCUAAACAUUUGCAACUUCGCAAUAGGUUGCCAGAUAAUGUGCAAAUACUCAAAACUAUGUCACUGUUCAGAGUUGAAAACACUCUUCGUGUUGUGAAAAAUUCGAUUGUCCCACUUUUAGAAUUCUUCAAUAUUAGUGCAGAAAACAUUACAAAAAUUGAAUUUCAGUGGUCAAAUAUAACCUUAGUAAAAUGGAAUAAAACAAAGAACAGUGAAAUUUUGGGCUGA